CCCCCAGGAUUGUGGCCACGCGCAGCGGCGGCGGUUGUUCCGCUUCCCCUCCGGCCCCGGCCGUCGCCAUUGCCGAAGGCUCCUUGCCCUCCCCUCUCUGGCGCCCGUAAGGCCCCGCUGCCGCUCGGCCUAGCGGAAACAGCGGCUGCGCUCAGCGCGGCUUCUCUUCCCGCCCCGCUUCGCUUCCCUCCCCUCCCCUCCCCGCGCCGCGGGCUUGCCCGGGGCGGCUCCGCAGCCGGCCGGGAGCUCGGACAGAGGCGCCUCGCUGGGGCGGGGACCUUUCCUCGCCCGUGGCCAUUUCAUAAUUCUGAAUCAUGUCUGAUAACGGAGAAUUGGAAGACAAGCCUCCAGCACCUCCUGUGAGAAUGAGCAGUACCAUUUUUAGCACUGGAGGCAAAGACCCUUUGUCAGCCAAUCACAGUUUGAAACCUUUGCCCUCUGUUCCAGAGGAAAAAAAGCCCAGGAAUAAAAUCAUCUCCAUAUUCUCAGGCACAGAGAAAGGAAGUAAAAAGAAAGAAAAGGAACGGCCAGAAAUUUCUCCUCCAUCUGAUUUUGAGCACACCAUCCAUGUUGGCUUUGAUGCUGUCACUGGAGAAUUCACUGGCAUGCCAGAACAGUGGGCUCGAUUAUUACAGACCUCCAAUAUCACCAAACUAGAGCAAAAGAAGAAUCCUCAGGCUGUGCUGGAUGUCUUAAAGUUCUACGACUCCAACACAGUGAAGCAGAAGUAUCUGAGCUUUACUCCUCCUGAGAAAGAUGGCUUCCCUUCUGGAACACCAGCACUGAAUACCAAGGGAUCAGAAACAUCAGCAGUAGUAACAGAGGAAGAUGACGAUGAUGAAGAAACUGCUCCUCCUGUCAUUGCCCCACGGCCAGAUCAUACAAAAUCAAUUUAUACACGAUCUGUAAUUGACCCUAUUCCUGCACCAGUUGGUGAUUCUAAUGUUGAUGGUGGUGUCAAGUCCUCAGACAAACAGAAAAAGAAGACCAAAAUGACAGAUGAAGAGAUUAUGGAGAAAUUAAGAACUAUUGUGAGCAUAGGUGACCCUAAGAAAAAAUAUACAAGAUAUGAAAAAAUUGGACAAGGGGCUUCUGGUACAGUUUUCACUGCUACUGAUGUGGCACUGGGACAAGAGGUUGCUAUCAAACAGAUUAAUCUACAGAAACAACCAAAAAAGGAAUUGAUCAUUAAUGAGAUUCUGGUGAUGAAAGAAUUGAAGAAUCCCAACAUAGUUAACUUCUUGGACAGUUACCUGGUGGGAGAUGAAUUGUUUGUGGUAAUGGAGUACCUUGCUGGUGGGUCACUUACUGAUGUUGUAACGGAAACCUGCAUGGAUGAAGCACAGAUUGCUGCUGUAUGCAGAGAGUGUUUACAGGCAUUGGAGUUUUUACACGCUAAUCAAGUAAUCCACAGAGACAUCAAAAGUGAUAACGUACUUUUGGGGAUGGAAGGAUCGGUUAAACUCACUGACUUUGGUUUCUGUGCCCAGAUCACCCCUGAGCAGAGCAAACGCAGUACCAUGGUUGGAACGCCUUACUGGAUGGCACCAGAGGUGGUUACACGGAAAGCUUAUGGCCCUAAAGUGGACAUAUGGUCUCUAGGUAUCAUGGCUAUUGAGAUGGUAGAAGGAGAGCCUCCAUACCUCAAUGAAAAUCCCUUGAGGGCUUUGUACCUGAUAGCAACUAAUGGAACUCCAGAACUUCAGAAUCCAGAGAAACUUUCCCCAAUAUUUCGGGAUUUCUUAAAUCGAUGUUUGGAAAUGGAUGUGGAGAAAAGAGGUUCAGCCAAAGAAUUGUUACAGCAUCCCUUCCUGAAACUGGCCAAACCAUUAUCUAGCUUGACACCAUUGAUCAUGGCAGCUAAAGAAGCAAUGAAGAGUAAUCGUUAACAUCAUUACCAUGGCCUCAUAUGUUUUCCAUUUUCUAAAAGAAGUUUUUAAUAUAUGAAAAUUAUUACUCUUUUUGGGGUUUAGAGAGAUGGUCUGCAUAACAUGGAAGAAAAAAGCAAACUACUGUUCUUUGAAGACAACCAAGAGUAAAUGGCAAAAAGAAUUAUGACUUUCAAAUAUGAACCCCUUCUUUAGGGUCCAAGAGGGAUUGUGGACUGAAUCACUAGCCUUAUGUCUUUCAGCAGACAGCCUGUCAGGGCCAUUUAUCAUGCUUGAGAUUUGCAUUUUUUUUUUUUUUUGCCGACUUUAUUGUAAUAGAUCCCAUUCAUUGUCCCUUUUGGGGUACUUUUCAAUACUUGAGUGGCAGAUUGGAGUUUUUCAGAAUAUAUGUUUCAUCUACUAGUCUUCUUUUCUCUCCUUCAUAGCUCUCCUAUUCCUUGACUUCUUUUGAGUCACUUUGAGAAAUUUUUCUCAUGCCUAAAUUCAAGGCUAGAAUGUGAUAGAAAUUUUGUAGCUCCUUAUAUUGGCAAAGGAGUUCCAUAUGGUUUAACUUUGUACAGAGGUGAGGACCAGCUAAUGCUUCAGUUCAGAAUUUGAACUGAAGGAAAGGAAGAAAAGUAUGUGAUUUUUACCUUUUUAACAAAUGUGAAAGAGUCAAUUUUAGAAAUUUCAUGGUAGCAAGUUUGGCAUUUGUUACAUGUAUAGAGGACUAAUAAUCUAUAUUUAUAACUAAAUCAUUGAGACAGAGAAAGAAUCCCAUUGACUCUACAUUCUUACAAUUUUGUCUUUCUUUCUGCCUGUUUCCUCUUCAGAUUUGGUUUCAGGAACCGAAGUGAUUUGUUCUUGUUCCACCUUGGGCUUUAUGACUCUGGUUAAUGCCACUACCUUCUCCUCUCCCCUUUUCCCCCUCCAUUUUGGAAAUAAAUUUCUGUAUAUGUUGCAA